AACUGUACUGUCUUCAAAUACCUAAUAUUGUAUUACUGAGCACUGCAGAGAUGUUUUAAAAAUACGUCUAAGAUACUUGAAACUGUCAUAUCUUUGUUUUUACUGAUUGAAUACGUUGGGCUUAGAAGUUGCAUCUGGCACAAUUUCCUUUUUCUGCUUUUUAUCUGCAAAACUCGUAACACUUUUAGUGCUGUCUUUUCAGAGAGAUUAUGGGGGACAUUGAUAUAUGCUUAUAUUGAUUUUUUUUUUUUUAAUUUAAAUGGGGAGGUGAGUUAUUUUGGAGACACAUUUAUCUUAUUAAUAAAUAGCCUGAGGGUUUCAACGGGAGGCACUAUACCACCCUUGGCUUUGGUAGGACCUUGGAAAGCCAGGGUGGAGUUAUAAAGGAUUUGUUGGGACUUGCGUCUCCCAGAGGCAAUGAAGUAGGGGUGUCUGAGUCUCUGACACAUGCCUGCUGACUCUUCAUCCCAGAUCUGCCCUCUGGAAGCUGGUCUGGUUGUUAUCUUUCAUCUUUGCUCCCUUCUAUGCACACGUUUUAGUAACUUUGCCACAAAUAUUAACCUUUUCAUCAGUAAAUGUGUUCAUUGCAUGACUUUAUUUUAUUUUUAUUUUAUUGUUUACAGGUUUAUAACAGUGUAUCCUGGUUUAUCUUUGGAUGUUAGAAAGUGAGGAUUUGCCAGCACACUGAACUGUUAGCGUUGGGAAGUAUUGGUAGAAAAGGGUGAAAAAGAAAGGUGCUGGGAAAAUGGAGAAGAUUCUGAACAGAAUUCAUCUAGUUUCUGAUCCAGAAGCAACCUACUUCCUACAAGUAUCAUGGGAAAAGGAUUUAGGCACUGGCUUCAGUAUACUUCUUAGUGAUGGUCAGUUCUCCUGGGCUGGGACAGUGUCUGAAGCAGAAAUUUCCAGGGAGGCUGCUGACAUGGAAAUGAACAAGGAAAAGUAUGUGGAAGAGCUGAAGAAAGCAUUGGUGACUAGAGAAGAGUCAGCUGGCAAAUACAACUAUCUGAUUUCAAGAGAUCAAGAAAAUGUGGUGUGUCAGUUCUCCUAUGAAAGAAGUCUGAAAGAUGGCUCUUUCAGACUUGGCUCUGUGAAGCUGCAGGAGGUCCCAAGUCCGGCCAAGGUGGUGAAGGAGCUCAUUGGUUACUGCCUGGACAGCCUGGGAAAACUGCAGGCCAAAAACGAGCACCUGCAGAGAGAAAAUGAAAGGCUUUUCAGCAACUGGAGUGAUGCAGAGAAGAGGCUGGAAAAAUGUGUGGAGGCUAAAGAGAAGCUGGAGGCAGAUCUUUAUAACCGGUUUAUUCUGGUGCUGAAUGAGAAGAAGGCAAAGAUAAGAAACUUACAGAAGUUGCUGAAUGAAGCCAAAGAAUCUGCAGCAGAUGCCAAAUGUACCAGGGAUGAUAUAACUACUACUCAGAUGGUUAUAAAGAGAGAAAAUGACUAUGAUGCCAGCACUGAUGAGGAAAGUGAAAGUUUAACACAGGCCUCAUUACCAUCAGCACCGGAACGAAGGGAUUCCUCCCUCCUGGGGAGCCCAGGCGUUGCUGACACAGCUCCAAGAAGGAAGAGAAGACAAAGGGCAGCAAAACCUGCUGGGACAGGGCCUAAGGUGGCAGCUUAUGAGGCAGAACAACCACCUGAAGAAAAACCUGACCUGGCCUCACAGAAGACAUCUGGCCAGCAUUCUGUGGAUUGGAACCUGGAAACACUGAAGAACACUUGUGAGCCAGAGGACCUCUUCGAUGACAUGUAGCCACAUGUGGGCUGAGAGACAGAGACUGGUGCUUCUACCAGAGAUAAACUGUAAAACUAAAGGCUUUUUUUGUAGAGUAGAGCCAAGAUCUGUGCUCUGAGGUGGUUUCCGGUGGCACACCCCUAUGAGUUUGUAGACCCUGAUAGACCUGAUUUGUGAUGGUCUUAAAAAUGAGUUUAUCCCCUGUGUAGACCUUUUAUCAAAUGUAUAUGGGAAGCGAGAGCACCACUGAGGUGUUUUUUACAUCCUUACAGUCAAUGGCUGCUGGCUGUAUUCAGGUUUUCCAGAUGUCCCCAGAGAAUGUCCGACUUUAAGCUACUGCUCUACUUAACCUUACAUGCCAUGCCUUUCUUAGCUCAGCCUAAACAUGAUCCAGAUAAAUCAUCUUCAGCUUUGUUCGAGAUGCAGGUUUAGAAUAGUCUCUUCUAAUUCAAAGCAUCCAAAGAAAUACCUUUUUAUUGAAAGGUUCUCUGCAGCAUUAAUGCCUUAUAAGGUUUUCUUGCUCUUGGAAGUAAAGUGCUUCUAAAGUAGAUAUUGACUCUAUUUUAAGCUUCCGUAGAAACCCAUAGCAUUUAAAAAUAUUGUCAUUUUUGAUACUUCAGUAUUUUCCUUAAGGUGGUUUCUAAAAAAGAAAUAAAUAAAAUGCAUUCUAAAAGGACAUCAAUUUUGUUCUUAUUUGCUUAGACACUAUGCGUAAAGACAGAGUUAGCAAAAUGUGUUAAUGCAUGAAGGCAGUCUUUAAAGUCUUCGGUGCUCUGUGGCUUGCAAAGGUCUGUGGUAAAACACCUACUUGGUGUUUCUGAAAUAGCCACUUAUUUAGGCUCUGAUUCUGCCAAAAUUUCAUCCUAUAAUUUAUUAAGAGCACCCAUUUCAGUAUUUGCAGCAUCAUGGACUCUUAUAGGAACACAAGGGUCUGGGAAUAUUACAUUUAAGUAUUCCUCCCUGGAAAAAUGGUCACAGCAUUUUAAAUUCACAAAGGGCUUUGGGACAGUGUUAUAAAUCACACAGUAAAAAUAAGAAUGGCUAAAAUAUUUUGCUUGCUAAAAAGGCUUUGUGCCUGAGAAGUGGCAAGGCCACAAAAGCCCUAUUCAUACACCCAUUCAAAAUCUUCCAGUGCUGAUCUGACAGUGCUUUCAGCAAAAGCUCGUGUAUGGUUCCAGUUUUGGAGUGAAUAUGUUCCAUGACUUAACCCGAAGUGGAAGAGCUUGGUUUAAUUGUGCCUGCAGCAGAAAAUGAAGGCAAAUGAAGCUGAACAUCUGACAAAACUCUGCUUUCAGGACGCUGUAGUUUUCUAGUGGCAAAAUGUUGUUGUACAAAUAGGAAAUGUUACACGCCAUGGGCAGAUGUAAUAAAGUCUGUCAGAGUGUUUAUUAUUUUCUCUUUUUUUUCUUACUUUUUGAGAUUUAUAGAGUCAUUUGAACAGAAAAUUACGUGGUGGGUGUUACACAUCUUGGGCUGUGUGAGCACAGGUGUGUUGUCUGGUGAGGGCAGUCGUGGUACAGAGCCAGUUUCCAAUCGGCUGAGACUGGUUUUAUUCACCUUCCCUCCCCUGGAAAUCUACACACAAUAUGUCAAUGUGUCCUAGUUAGAACAGCUGGGACCAGUUCAUCACUGUUUGGGUGUAACCCAAAACUGUGUAUUCUAUAGCCUUCCAUGCCAUUUCCCAGAAACUGUUAUCAAUAGACUAUUUACACCCUCUUUCCAGAGCAGCCUGACUUCUCAGGCUAUAAAGCAAGUGUUAAGAGGUCUUCAAGACAGGAGGGUGCUCCUGUCCUCACACCCAUUGUGGAACUCCCCGCCCUGAGGGAGGUACUGGGCAUUCCUGCCUGAA